CCCGACGCAUUUGCACUGGGAACAUUCGUUAGAAACGCUUGAAGGAAAGGAGUGCCACACGGCGACAGGGGACUGUUAUUAAGGUUGAGCAACAUAAUCCUUCGCUGCAGAACUCUGGAUGCUCGCCUUUAGAGACAAAGGGGAACCAAAGUUGACUGGUGCGGAGCUCAGAGCAGGAAUAAGAGGAUUUAGGAGACUCGUGGUCAGAUCCGCGUCACCGCGUUUUUCUCUAACGCGUAAAAGCGAGAAAUAAAAAAAAAAACUUAAGACAGAUUUCUAUUUUUAAAACUUUCUGCGUCUUGGUGGAAUCACCACGUGUCUCGGCUCUCUUUAAUUCAUUCUUACCAAAUAUAGCCUGUGUAAAUGCUGCUGGAGCGUCCUUCGCGGAGCAGACAGAAUUUUUGCCGCGUUGCCAAAGUUUAUAAUUAAAUGCUCGGAUCAUUUUGAGACACACUCUUUCUUUCAGUACCAACACGCCUGACUUGCAGCUUUGUCUCCGGGAUAAGUGGAUGUUCUAGAAGGUAACAAGGUUCUUCUGUGAUUCGUUGCCAACAGGGGCCAUUUUUAAGUCUUUGACUCACUUGGACACGAGCUGCUCAACCUGCUCUGGUUUUGCAGCUUUAGCCUUUUUUACGCAUCUCUUUUUUCCCCCGAAUCACCGACUUCUUUUGUGCGUCUCGCUCCGGAUGUGCCAUGGCUCGCUUUUUCCUCACCGUGUGCGCCAUGCUGCUCGGCUGGCAGGGAGCUGAAGCCGAGCAAGUCGGGGAGAGGCCACCGGCGGUCACCCUCCGCACCCUGAUCGCGGGAACCUGCCAGGAGAUCCACGGGUACGCGGAGUCUGUGCUGGGAACCGGCGUGGUGCGGUCAGCCGCUGAGAGUGCUGUGUUGUUUCUUGAGUCAUUGCUUGGCCAGGAGCGCGUCUAUACAUUGGCCAUGUUUUUCGAGAUGGUGCUCAAAUGCGUGGCGGAGGGAGCUGCCAGCGGCCUGAACGUCAUCGCUGUCUACGUCACAGAGAUCCUCAGGGUCACAGGAUUCGACGCUGCACUGCCCCGAUUUACCCCAGAGGGCGUGACCGCCUUCGCCCAGUGGGGUCUCCUGGCUCUCAUUGGCUACUGGGUGCUGACCAUCGUUCUCCGUCUGCUCAUCGCCGUGAUGAGGCGGGUGUUCUGGGUGGUGAAAACCGUCUUGGCGCUCUGGCUUUUCGGACUGAUGGUGACUGACAAGACUGCCACCGCGGACACCACGGCGGUCCGACUGGCCGGCCUAGUGCUGGUGUGCGCCCUGUUGACUCUGCUCUCUUCUGCGUCUGAGAAGUCGUGUGCAGUGGAGCAGCGGCUGAGUGUCCUGGAGGGCCGGCUGAGGGCGGUAGAGAAGAGGAAAGGGGACUAGUGAUGGGAAAGAGGCUGCAGCGGAGUAAAGAUGAGCAAAGGUGAUGGUGCUGUGGAGAAUGAUAACUUUGAUGGUUUCUGUCUGUGUCAAAUUAUUAUUGCAAAUAAAGUAAUCUCUGGGGUUUUUAAUCAGGAA